AUAUGAUGAUUCUCGCAUCAUAAGUAAAUUAAAUUUUUUCGGGUUGUUGAGUUUGUAUUGUUUAUACUUGGAAAUUCUGUUCAUCAACAUAUCAUUCCUGGUGUUGAUUUCUCUUCUUGUUUGUGUCUGAUGCCUUUUGGAUGAUCCAACGAACGGUAGUUUCAUUAGUUAUUUGAAUAAUUUUACCAUUUUUUUUCAUCAUCAUUUCAUUCGCAUUUGCGUUCAACACUGGAUCCUCAUUCAUACAUUCUCAUCAUUGAUCUUGAUCAUCAUUACCACCACCACCACCAUCAUCAUCAUCAUCAUCAUUGCCACUAUCCACUCGUAAACAAAACGAUAUCAACGAAAAUACAACCUGAAACAAAAUUUAUAAUCAAACAUCGAAAGAGAAAAGUGUAAACACAUACCAGUAUAGAAGAGCAAUUAAAUAUUUUGCCCAAUUUUUUUUGGUAUUCAUUGUGAUCAUUCAUUAAUUCUGGAACUUGGAGAAAAAAUCAUACCUUAUCAUUUGUUUGGGCGUAUCCUUUAUGAAUAAUAAUUAGUGUUUGGUUUCGGAUUUUCGAUUCCAUUUCGCCACUUAUCAAUAAUUUGGAUCGUGUGUUCAUUUUUUGCGUCUGCAAUCUGUUAAUAAUUUUUACUUAAAUUUUUCUUUCUGUUCUGUAAUAAUAACAACCCAACUGUGUCUUCAACAUUUGUAUAGACAUAUAUAAUCAAUUAUUACAAAUUAUAAUUUAUAAAAGUCAAGAGAGCAAAAAAUGGGUAACGAAGCCUCAUUGCCGAUGGAGAUGUGUUCCAAUUUUGAUGCCGAAGAAAUUAAACGUCUUGGCAAACGAUUUCGUAAAUUGGAUCUAGACAAUUCUGGUUCAUUGUCGAUUGAUGAAUUUAUGUCAUUACCUGAGCUUCAACAGAAUCCUUUGGUGCAAAGAGUGAUCGAUAUAUUCGACACUGAUCGCAAUGGUGAAGUCGAUUUCAAAGAGUUUAUUCAAGGUGUUUCACAAUUCAGUGUCAAAGGCGAUAAAGAAUCAAAACUUAGGUUCGCAUUUAGAAUCUAUGAUAUGGAUAAUGAUGGCUUUAUUUCAAAUGGAGAAUUGUUUCAAGUGUUGAAAAUGAUGGUCGGUAACAAUCUGAAGGAUACACAGCUACAACAGAUUGUCGAUAAAACCAUUUUGUUCGCCGAUAAAGAUGAGGAUGGAAAAAUUUCAUUUGAAGAAUUCUGUAGUGUGGUAGGAAAUACCGACAUUCACAAAAAGAUGGUUGUCGAUGUAUGAAUCGAAUGCAAUUGAAACAAAUUUGACCAUUUAUAAACAAAUAAACAUCUGCACACACACACACCAUAACACCAUACUUUUUUUCGUUAUUUCUUGUCAAUUUUGUUUUUGUUUGUUCUUUUUUUUCAUUUCAGAUUUUCCUUCUAUCUAUUUGUCAUCCAUUGUUAGGUUAGUUCAUCGGAUAUUUAGACAGACACAUACACAAACACCCUCCUCAAGUAACAAAAUAGCACUAUUUCCUUUUUAGAAAGUGAAUUGGUUCAUAUAAUUAACGAAAAGCAGCAGCAAAAAAAGAAAUCUGUCCAUAUAAAUCCAAAUAUGACUGGAAUGAAACAGGAUUUCUUUCCGGUAUGCAUGAAUGGAAAAAACGAAUGAUUUCACCAUUUAAAAUUUUACAUAUAGACAGGAUUUUCUGUUUUUAUGGUUUCAGUAUUAUUCUGAUUAUUAUUAUCAUUGCUUUGCCCACACCUACACACCAAGAAAAUAUGGUUUUAUGUUUCUGUUUUUUUUUGCAAAUUUAAAUUUGUAAUUAAUAAUAAUUAUUAAAUUAAUAAUUAAAUAAAU